AUGGCACCCAAGGUCGAAUACGCCGACAACCUUGAACCUUCAAGACAAGAAGAUGGCACCAUCGAAGGCACAUCGGAAGAAAUCAUCGACAAUCCUGACAAAGCUACUGCCUUUGCCAUCAGCGGCAUAGACGAACACUACGACAUUGACUCAGACAACUCACCCCAACCUGAGGUGAGAGCCAAUGUCCCCAAUGUCGAUGAUCUCUCUAUGCCUGUUAACACGCUCCGUGCGUGGACGCUAGGUCUACUAUUCACAAUACUCGGAACUGGUAUCAAUCAGUUCUUUUCGAUGAGAUAUCCCAGUGUCACUAUCUCGUCGCUUGUCGCGCAGUUGGUAGCUUAUCCAGCUGGAAGAGCCCUCGCGCAUGCACUACCUAUCAUGAGGAUUACAGUGUUUGGGAGGGAGAUUGCACUUAAUCCUGAUCAUCACUUUAAUAUCAAAGAGCAUGCACUGAUUACUAUCAUGUCGAACCUCUCGUUUGGACCAUCUUGGGCGACUGAUAUUAUCCAAGCUCAAGUUGCGCCUGCGUUCUUGGGGCUGAAGACACCCGUCGGGUAUCAGUUUUUACUCGCGCUUACUAUGCAGUUGUUUGGUCUUGGAAUGGCUGGUAUGGCUUAUCGGUUCAUUGUUGAGCCGCCGCAUAUGGUCUGGCCUUCGACGCUUGCUAAUGCGGCGCUGUUUCAGACGUUGCAUGGGAGGGCAAACCCGAAGGCUGAUGGGUGGAGUAUCUCGAGGUAUCGCUUCUUUGUCUACGUCUUUGCGGGUGGUUGGCUAUGGUACUGGCUGCCUGGGUUCCUCUUCACUGGCCUAAGCACCUUUGCCUUCAUCUGCUGGGCUGCACCAAACAACAUUGUCGUCAACAACCUCUUUGGCAUGUCAACCGGCCUAGCCUAUCUACCCACCACCUUUGACUGGUCCCAAAUCGCGUACAACGGCUCUCCCCUCGUCGUCCCCUUCUGGGCGCAAGCCAACGUCUUUGCCGGAUGGGUCAUCCUAUUCGCCCUCGUCACACCCAUUCUGUACUACACAAACACAUGGUACACAGCAUAUCUACCUUUCUCCGGGGGCGACAUCUACGACAACACUGGCAAUGUCUUCAACGCCUCGCGCGUCGUUGAUCGACAUGGGAACUUCUCACCAGAAGACUACAAGGACUACAGUCCCAUCUUCAUGCCAGUCACUUUCGCUCUGAGCUACGGUAUCUCUUUUGCGACAAUGACUUGCGUUCCGACGUAUAUCUUCCUCAAUUACUGGAAACAGAUCGUCGGCGCCUUCAACCCGCAGAGAAAGAAGGAUAUUCAUGCUCGGCUGAUUGAGCGAUAUCCUGACGCUCCAUGGUGGUGGUACGCCGCACUGACUGCUAUCGUUCUUGGUCUCACCAUUAUGGUACAAGAGGUAUACGAUACACAAAUGCCCGUUUGGGGUGUCUUCUUAGCUUUUGGACUGGCGGCCUUCUACCUCAUCCCUACUGGAAGUGUCUAUGCUGUGGCCAAUCUGAACAGCAACGUCCUCACCGUUCUUGGCGAGAUUAUUUCAGGAUAUGCUAUCCCAGGAAAGCCAGUAGUCAUGCUGAUCUUCAAGUUCUACGCAUACACUGGACUCAGCCAGGCGAUGAUCUUUGCUUCGGAUAUGAAACUUGGGCUGUACAUGAAGAUUCCCCGUCGCACACUAUUUGUCGCACAAUUGACUGCCUGCAUUGUUGGGUCUCUCACUCAAAACGCCGUCGUCCUUUGGAUGUUGCACCACGUCAAGGACAUCUGUGAGAGCGACCAACCCAACAAGUAUACCUGUCCCCAAGGUCGCGUCAACUUCUCAUCAAGUAUUGUUUGGGGAGCUGUCGGUCCUGCCCGGUUAUACAGCGUAGGCAAGAUCUACUCAGGACUUUUGCACCUAUUCUGGCUUGGAGCACUACUACCAGUAGUAACUUUCUUCCUGAAGAAGAAGUUCCCCAAUAGCAAGUUGCUACGUAACCUUCACUGGCCUCUCUUCUUCGCUGGUACUGGCAACGUGCCUCCCGCUACUGGCAUCAACUAUAGUUCUGCCUUUGCAGUCUCUUUCAUCUUCAACAAGUGGAUUCGUGGAAGAUACCCUCAUUGGUGGGCGAAGUAUAACUAUGUUCUUUCGGCGGCGCUGGACUCUGGUCUUGCGAUUUCCGCUAUUGUAAUCUUCUUUGCCCUCGUCUUCCCUGAAGUUAGUCUUAGUUGGUGGGGUAAUAAUGUCCAGGGCACGACAGCGGAUGGUAUGGGCACUCCGUGGAGGAAGCUGGGCACGAAUGAGACGUUCGGGCCAUCUUCUUGGAAUUGAGGUGGUGUCAAUUGAUGUAAUUUGCCGGUUUGUAUUGCUACGACAUUCUUAAUAAGAAAGACUGAUUAUGUUGCAAAUACUUCUGAAAACAAGUCACAAUAUGUCGU